AAUUCCCAACUGAAAAGUAACUAUAUAAUGUAUGCUUAUUGGAAUUCUGCCACAGCAGGAAGGUUGAGUCAAAACGUGUUUCCCCUUUGAAAGGAGAAGGAAUUGGAGCAGCUUUUCCUGGAGGCCCAAGGUAUUUCUUUUCUGGGUAUCUUGGCUGAAAAUUUUGUUUUACAAAACGAGAAAAAUGAUCUUUCAAGGGUUCCUUUUGCUGCAUUAUCUGUCCAGUUUGACCUUUUUUCAGUGAAAACACAAAGUCACAGAGUGUAUAAAAGAACAGACCAAAACCAGCCCUAGAACCAACCAGUCAGUCCCAAAGCUGUGAGCUCUGCGCCACUGUUGUCCAUAGAGGCAUCGCCUGUGUCACUGAAAAUACUAGUGAACCACGAUGCAGCAACUGCUAAGAGCUAAACUAACAAAAUGGCGUUACCAUGGCUGCUGGCUUGGUGUGAACUCGCUUAAAAGCAAUGGGGAAAGGAUAACCUCGAGGCAAAUCCACCCAAAGAUACUGUCUACAAAAAGCAGGGUGUGGACGCAAACCUGUGACCACGGGGGUCAGGGGUCGACUACACACUGCCUCAUGUGGCCCCUUUCCCAGUGGCAGCCGGUGACGACUGCUACUCGGUUCGCUUGCCCAGAUGUCUUCGUACGACGAGCAAGGCCAAAAGCAAGCCUAGACUCGAAGUUUCUGACACCAUCUACAGUUUGCAUAAAAGUCAAACAGUGUUUUAAAGUGGCUUGAUGUCCAGUAGCUGAACUUUGGCAAAAAAACAGCAGCAACCAAUGUUCCUGUAUGGUUUCUUUGUUGUUGUUUUUGUUUGGGGGUGGGGGAAAGUACAGGGUAAUUCAUUAGCAAGACAUUACACUGCUGUCGAAGUCUCUGGGAUCCCGCUGUGGGUCUGAGAUGGCCUGGGAAGAACCUUGCGGAUGACUGUUUUUUAUCUGUUCUUUUUGUCACUGUUACCUUCUGGGCUGCUGAGGUUCUAGAAUGGAAGGGCUGCCAAAUGAGGUUUGCUGAAGGAGGAAAGUUUAAUCCCUUAUGCCAAAAGUCCAGGCCAAAUGGUGGGCUUAGCCUCUUUCAAAAGUUCUGCCUUGCCCCAGGUGGGCGUAUCCUGUGUCUCAUUCACCAUGAUGCUUCCUGAGGGCGUUCUAGAAGCCCAUUCCCCAGUGGCUCUAUCCAGCCUUUCCUUGCAUCUUCCUCUUGAAGGCGAGGAAGUGAAAACUACAGACCUCCCCCAGAGAGCCCACUCUCUAUCUUGAGCCUAACCCGCGGGAGGCGGGAGAGACAUCCAUCCAAGAACUGAAGCAGCCUCCAGGAUGAGGUCGGAAGUACCACCUGAUUUUCCUGGUGGUGGUAUCCAAAAUCUGCCGUAAUUAGGAAGGAAACCAGGGUCUUGUGGUUUAAAAGACUUUGAAGCAGGAAUGUUGCAUUUGACGCCUUUAAAACUACCUUUUUGCUGUUGGGAGGAGUCAGAGGCGAGCCUUAGCAGCUGUACCCGCCAGCCUCAGGUGGUCGGUGCUGCCCUGCCUCUCGUGCCGCGUGUCGCUUCAGCCCAGAGCCAGAGGGCUGUGUCCUCCACGGGUGGCCCUGGCGGACACAUUCGUUCCCGUCCCAGCCCAGCCUGUCUCUGCUUUUCCACUUCCACCUGCGUGUGGGUUUGCCGCCUUGUCAUCGGUCGUGUGAGUGCUGCAGACCUUUCCAGAGCUCCAGUUCACUCUUUCCAAACAGGCCUCCCUGUCAGUGGUACUGCGCUCCUAGAACCUUCAGUUUCUAUGAUGGUUGGUUUAGUCCUUUUGAACCACCCCCAAGAACUCAAUAUGCAAAAGGUAAAAGCUCCCGACUGUUCUACUUUGGGUCCGCGCAAAGCCCGUUCAUGUGUGAUCUCUGCGUGGCCCUUCUUGGUGGUCCCAGGCGAUCCAGCCAUGCCCCCCGCCCCUCUGCCCAGAUGCUUCAGGGGCCCAACCUUUCAGGCUUGCCCUCACCAGCGGCCAUCAGCCGACACUCAGGGAUGCAGCAAACACCACUCCACCAGUGCUUUCAGCAGGAAGAGCCGAGGCUGCCUGGGAGGCCCUGGGCGAUAGGAAAAGGGCUCUCUCAAAUUCUGAAAAGAGAAUCUGCCACCAGAUCGAAUUCCGACCCCUAAUUUGUUCGGCCAUAUGGUUCGAAUUCAGAUUAGGUGGGUCACCCAAUCUGAGAUGUCAGGAAAGGCCUUCUGCAGAGAAAAUGUCUCCCCCACCCCCCAUCUGCAGCCAGGUGUGUGCCACACGGCAGCCUUCCCGAAACAUAGUAUGGAUUUAAAAAAUUUGUUUAUUUUUGUUUCUCAACCACUUUAUAAUGUAUUUUUAAUUUAUUUUGUAACGUCUUGUUUUUAAGUAUUGCUGCUAUCCUUCCCACUGUUUUUAUCGCUGAUUUAUUUUGUGAAAGUUGUACACUAAUGUUCUGUUUUAUGUCAAAAUCAAAAGUAUUUAAUGAUAUACUAGUUCUAUUUAAUGUGGUUAUGGAACCAGCUGGAAACACAAAACAGUGAUUGUACAGCAGGCUGGACCCAGGAGGUCAGGUUCAUUUUGUUACAUAUGCAAUAAACUCACGACUUUA